GAUAAGUCUUAUCGAGGGAGAUACAAUACGUGUUUCGUAGAGUGAACUGCAUAGUAGGGUGCGAACGUUAGAAAGUGAAAUUGUUUGUCAUUCAGUAGGGAAAAGUCCGUAAAGAUGGAAGCCGCUGACGAAAACGACUCCAAGCCUUAUGAUACUCGGCAUGAAAGCAAACCACGCAGCAACACUCACCAGCGGUCGAUUGUGACUGCACCAGCCGUGUCAGCAGCCAUUAUGGAAGAAAACUAUGACACAACUCAUCCGAAGCUUGGAAUAGCGAUUAUCAUUAACCAGGUGAAUUUCAGUGGUAUGGCUAAGCGAGAAGGUAGUGACCGGGAUCGUGAUAGUAUUGGUGCAGUGUUAGAAAGCAUCGGAUUUGAUGUACGCGUGUUCAAUAACCUCGAUAAAAAGGAUCUUCUAGACGAGCUGGAUAAGGUUGCUCACGAAGAUCAUUUGCAGAGUGAUUGUCUGGUGGUGGUGGUAAUGACACACGGCGAUAAGGAUGUCCUGUACGCGUCAGAUAAAUGCUACCCCAUCGGUUGUCUGUGGGAACCGUUUCUUGGUGAUGAGUGUUCGUCGUUGCGCGGAAAACCGAAGCUGUUCUUUGUGCAGGCUUGCAGGGGCAAUGCGUUUGACAAGGGAGUCAAGCUGGACAAGGAGGUGACGGACACGGUCGAUUCGUCUUCGAAGCGGCUGCUUUUUCUCAUUCCUACCAUGGCAGACCUGUUGGUGAUGUACUCUACGUAUGAUGGGCAUUACUCCUGGCGCCAUCCCAUCAACGGUUCCUGGUUCAUUCAAUCGCUUAGCACCGAGCUAGAGCAGCACGCUCACACGAAGGAGAUUUUGCAGCUGUUGACUGCCGUUUCGCGUAGGGUCGCGUAUCAGUAUCAAUCGAACGUGCCGGACAAUCUAGCUAUGGAUGCAAUGAAACAGAUGCCCUGCGUAGUGUCGAUGCUUACCAAGGCGUUCUACAUAAAACCCAAGUAGCGAACGAAAGCCAAAGACCAUCCGACCGGUACGACAUUACACCAUACGCCGGCCUUACUCGACCAGUACCUGUGACUCUCUUUCGCAAGUGAAUAAUGUUAUGGGGUUAUUACACGAGGAAUUUUUUGGUUGGUGAUUUUCUGUCAAAUAGGGCGUUUGACAGAAAAAAACCAGCUGUCCGUGUAAUAACACAAUAUGCUGCACAGAUUUUUAUUGCCAUCAUCCGAAUUAUUUUACAUUUGAAUUGUCCGUUAUUCUAAAAUGGAAUGAAAUAUUUAUCAUUAACACGUAUCGUACCAUGCCGGGCACCGACUGACGAUGCCAUUAUGAUAGGGAUACUUUUUCGUGACCGACAGCACUUCGGUCAGACGAACAUUCGGUUAGAGAUUUUUCGGUUCAAACUGGUCCCAAAUCGCUCUCUAUGCAUUAACAAAACAUCGUCUUCAAUAUUCAUCUUAAAUCACACGCAAUAAACUGGACAAUAAUAUUCAAUAAAAAUUGCGAGGCAAAA